UUAAAUUUAGAGUAUUUCUACCAGGUCCCUUGUGCAGCUCAGCAGUAUUUUAAUGCUUCAUAGUUUAUGUCAGUGCAUUGUCACGUAACUCACUGUCAAAGAUGGCCCAUUACGAAGAAGUAAAUGUGCGUGGAUAUGAAGAGUUCUGUAAGGCUGUGUCUGCAAGAGCAGGAAAGGAUAUUUUUGCUUAUUUUUCUGGGGAUAAAGACGCCCAAGGGAAGAGCUGGUGUCCAGACUGUGUAAAAGCCGAGCCAAUUGUAAGAGGAGAACUGUCCCACCUUCCAGAGGGAUCUGUUUUUGUCUACUGCCAAGUGGGAGAGAGAGCCUAUUGGAAGGAUCCAAGUAAUGAUUUUAAGAAGACUCUGAAGCUGAGUGGAGUUCCAACACUACUGCGAUAUGGCACACCCCAAAAGUUGGUGGAGGAUGAAUGCUUCAAAGCUGACCUUGUGAAGAUGAUGUUUACUGAAGACUGAACAAUCAUGCUACACCAACAUCAUUCAUAAACAUUUAGAAGAUUACUACACCUUCUGAUUUUCAUCACCAUUCAGCUUCAAUGCUAUUGAUAACCAGAUAACCAAGUAUACAUGUCUUGAAGUAGUUUAAUUCAAAUCAGAUUCUGUGUUUGUUUACAACCAAACGAAUAACUGUCCUUUGUAAGGCAUGGCUGUUUGAUCCAAUUCUUGCUGGAAGAAUCUGCAGACAAUCACAUAGAAUAAAUGUGAUUCAUACUGAUUACACUUGUUGUUCUGUAUGUGCAAUCACUAAUUUCUGUAUUGUAAGUCGCUACAUUUCACUAGAUGUUAUGUUAUAGUUGCACAGUAAGUGAUUAAAGAAUAUAAUUUUGACUGUUUUUAUCGUAUGUUUGUUGCCUUACAAUGGGACUCAAAUAAAAGAUACUUGAUGAUCAAGA